AUGCUCCGUUUCCUCUUCAUACUUGUUUCAUUUGUGCAGUUUAACCGAGCAGAAAAUUGUGCGGAUUGUGUUGGUUCCGGCAGAGUGUACGUUACAUAAAUCAAACUUUAUGAGAGAUUUAAUGGAGGGAUCUUUAGGUGUAGUUGGGGCGAAGCUUUAGGAUUUUUUUUUAUCUAUGGGAUGUUUCAGAUGGUGCGUCGAGACUUCCGUGUGCAAUGCAACUGCUGGAACAUGCCCAACUUCUAUCGAUGUGAGUUCAUUAUUCCUUUCCCAUAUUCUGAUGUGUCAUAGGUUCCACUGAACUGUCCUACUGCUCCCCGAUACGGAUACGACGACGAAUUCAUGAGAUCGGAGAUGAUGGUCAUCGCGACGGCUGCUCAAAACGAGAAUCCUCAGCUGUGCUUCAAGUGGGUCUAAUCUUUGUGUCUUUCUCCGUUUUAUGACACGUUAUAUGAUCGCAAAUUUCACUUCACAAGUCACAACUAGACACAUUCUGGCGGCACUUCAGCAACCAAAUUCCGACGAUGAAGUUGUAUCAAAUCCGUACUGUCAACUGCUCAACAAACUAUUCGGAUGUCACUUGUGUCGGGUACACUGCUUACGACACGAAGAGAAGAGCAAUUGUGAUGGCAUUCAAAGGAGCGCAUGGACCGGAUCAGAUCCAAGACUACCACGAAGGCAUGCUCAAAUAGUGAGUGAGGAAGGCGUCUGCUGGACAUUGGAAGAGGAAUUUCAGCGGAAUCAAGUCAUACUUUACAAAGACCAACGGAAAAAUAUUCAGAGUUAUUUAUGAUUCGUUCAUGUACCUCUGGAACGGCGGAAUGAGCCAAGAUCUGCGCCAUCUCAAGUACAAGUACCCGAACUACGAACUGUGGGUGAAUGGUCACUCUCUCGGAGCGUCGCUCGCUUACACCGCCUCCAGUUAUGUGGUCGACAUUGACCUGUACAAACCGGACGAUAUGAAAGUGGUUGUGAUGGGCGCCGCGAGAAUCGGAGACUACAACUUUGCCGCGUGGCACACUGCUACUGUGAGGAACACAGACCAAAGACUGUCAAUAAAAUUUAUUAAUUUCAGUUCGAAUACAACUUCCACAUUUUACACCGCUACGACCCUAUUUCCAGAGAGAUAAUCUUUGACGCAGUCACCAAUUCGACACUUUACUUCCCGAGAACCGAAGUCUGGUGAGCUAUGCUAAUAGUCUUUGCCCUCAUAAAAUAAUAGAGAAUUCAGGUACAACAACUACAUGAAUGUCGGCGAUCCAUUCGAGAUUUGCCCGGAAUCGGACGGAGAUUACUGUAGCAACAAGGUGAAUAACACUGCGCAUCCGGAGGAUCAUCUCUAUUACUUCAACAUUAAUCUUCCGAGCUGGGGCCAUGCUGGAUGUCCUGUUAACAUCAGUGCGUAUGCUCAGCCAUGA